UUCAUUGUUCUCGUUUCAAAAUGGCGAAGUCUGUGCUAUUUCUCUAGUUUUGAAGCUUCGGAGGGAGCCUCGCGCGGGUCGGGUCCUCGGGAAAUCAGGCGGCGGCGCGACGGCCCGCCCGGGACCGGCUCCGACCGUCGGCCGGCGGAGGUUGACGACCUAUCGAUUUUUUUGUCUGCGACCUCUCGUCGUCGGGCGGGCCGUUGUCGGCGGCCGGGACGCCCGGCACGCUCUUAGGGUCGUGCAGAGGAGCCGCGCCAGCUCGGGCUCCGAGGCGGCCAGCGCAGGGGCCAGCGCGGCCGACUGCCCAGACUCCUUUGUUUGACGCGACGGCGCGUCAGCUGUGCGGGGCUCACCAUGGAAGAAUAUCAUGGUCAAGGAAUGGACGCAGGCGGGAACAAUUUUGACUCCGGUCAGCAACAGCAGGAGCAGGAGCUGGCGACGAAGAUGCUUCAGAUCCAGUCCAAGCGGUUCUACCUGGACGUGAAGCAGAACCGGCGGGGGCGGUUUAUCAAGGUUGCAGAGAUCGGCGCAGACGGGCGCCGCAGCCAGAUCUUCCUGGCGAUGUCCACAGCAGCGGAGUUCCGCGACCACCUGUCCAGCUUCAGCGACUACUACUCGUCCCUGGGGCCGCCCAACCCCGACAACGUGCCCGACGACGGGAAACUCAAGUCCGAGAUGAUGUUGAAGGACAACCGGCGGUACUACCUGGACCUGAAGGAGAACUCGCGCGGACGCUUCCUGCGCGUGUCGCAGACGGUGACGCGCGGCGGCCCGCGCAGCCAGGUGGCGCUGCCGGCGCAGGGCAUGAUCGAGUUCCGCGACGCGCUCACCGACCUGCUCGACGACUUCGGCACCGACGACGGCGGCUUCAAGGGCGAGCUGCCGGAGGGCCGGCACCUGCGCGUCGACAACAAGAACUUCUACUUCGACAUCGGUCAGAACAACCGGGGCAUCUACAUGAAAGUCAGCGAGGUCAGUACUGUGAAGAGCAACUUCCGCACAGCCAUCACCGUGCCGGAGAAGUGCUGGACGCGCUUCCGCGACAUCCUCGCCGACUACUGCGACAAGAUGUGUCGCCACCAGGACCAACACCAGGAGGCCAUAGGCGGCGCGGCGUGCGCGGGCGCAGGCUCGGGCGCGCGCAUUUGAUGCUCCGGGCCGCAGUGAGCGCCCGCACGACUCUAUCAUAAUAACACAGCCGAGGCGGCCAAGGAACCAACGGGGAACAUCACACUGCAACUAUGAAACCUCAUUCGAUCGCGCACUCGUAACACGUCCGCGAUUCACUUUGAAUUCGGAACUCUCAUCGGAUUUGUGCGUUUGAAUUUAGAACGCAAAUUGUUUCGUGUUAAUGUUUUUACAGGUGAUAUUUUAAAUUUCAUAUAUAGUGUGCUGAUUGUUAAUUUUUGCUCCGCAGGUUUUAGAUAAGAUGUUUUUGUCGUACUGCAUUAUAUUGCAGUGGUACACUAUUGAAAAUAACACAACGUAGUCGACAAAUUUAAAUUGCUCCGUGAAAACAAUCGAAAAAUAAUUAAUAGAAGCAAAUCCAUUAAAUAUAAUAAGACAUCUUAAAUCCGCGAGUUCGGUCUCAUUUGAAGGUUCGGAUCAUAUAAUAAAAACUAUUUUAAAAAACUUAUUCGGUAGGAAAAAAUAUUAUCUUGAAAAUAUAGAAAAUAUGUUUCUAUUUUCGCAAAAUAUCAAAAAUUACCCGUAAAAGAGGUUUCACCCCGUGAAAAGGGAGAUUUUCUCCCACGCCGCCAUUGGCCAAGCUCCGUUAUCCGAACGCUGUCUUAUGUAUAUAGUAUUUUAUAUAUCGUGGUGAAGGUCGCGUCAUGGUAGUCGGUAAGGACAUGUGAUACACACAGCAGAAACAGGAACAGAAGGUAAUCUUAAUAACACCAAAAAUAUAUAUAAUAUUUUCCAAUUUCCUGUAGAGUACGUCAUGAAAAGAAUUUUAGGUACAGUUAUGAAAUUAUCCGGUUUGGUGAGUUCCGUCAAAAUAUGUGAAUAAAUACUAUUAGAGAAAGCUAAAUUUUAAGGUUAAAUAAGAAUAUGUAAGUAGCUUUAUUUUAAAAUCUAAUCCUAUACGAAAUUAGUUAUAAUAUUAUUGUAUUAUUUUUAAACCCUCUUAAGACGGAUGCUAGAAAUUAUGGAAAUAAAAAAUUGUUAGGAUUUUUGGUUAAAUCAAUUCGCAUAUACAAAAAAUUUACAUCGAAAGUUUCUCAUGAUUUCUUGAUCGAAAGUUUCUGUUCAUUUUUUUAUUCUAAUAAUAUCGUUUAUGACAUACGAUAUCAUAAACGAUACAUACACAUCAUAGAUCAUAUAUGGUAUGAAACGAUUGACACAUUUUGUAUCGAACUGUUUAUAUUUUAAUUUAUGAAGAUUACCUUCUGUCUCAGUUCAGUUGUGCCCCGACCGACGGAGACGCUCGCUCCAUCUCUGUCUUACACGUCGCCACUAAAGUUAUUUCCUUUUCAAAACAAUCGUUUCGUGUAUAGAUCUCCUGAGCGUCCCGUUGUUUCCUUACCAAAGCGAUUAACCGCGCUUUUACGUAAAAAAUAUUUUAUAAUAUGACAUUUGAAAGGUCUGUCAGUAUGUUACGCCAGAAAGAGACAGCAACAUCGCAAAUUUUCGGCUGACUUUCCAUAAAAAAAUUAAAACUGUAGUACACAUUGCUUGGUGUAAUGUAUUGAUGGGUUUCUCUAUAUGAAUUAUUAUAAAAUCGAUUUAAAAACAGUGACAAUUGAACGCACGAGUACAUCCCUGACGACGCAAAAUAAUAAAAUUCGAAAAAAGUAUGUUUCAUUUUGUAAAAUGCCUCUUAUCUAGUUCGUAGGUGUAUGUGUUUUUUUUUAAUGAUUUAUUAAUUUAAUGAUAGUGUUAUAUCUGUUAUAAGUGGCAUUGGGAGUGCGGCACAUGGCGGCCCUGCCGGCGAAGCGGAGUAGACUUUAAUGUAUAUUUAGGCUAUCGAAAUAAGAUUAAUAAUUAGAUCUGUUAAUAAAUCCACCGUUUUUAAUUCAAAUAUUUUUUGCUGUCUUUUGACGAAUCGUCAAAAGAAUUUUGGCAAAAUCAUCGACGAUAGAGUCAUAAUAUUAAAUGAAGCCAUCAAAAGUUUAUUGUGAUUGUAAUUUAAAAUCAGAAAUAUCCUUGUAGUUUCAGUUUAGAUUAUGACCACAUUGAUUCAUUGAUUGACAGAAUAUUCGUUGAUUAAAUUUUAGAACAACAACAAUAAUUUACGAGUUUCUACAAAUAAUCUUAAAGUAGGAAUAAAAAAUAAUUGUCUUAAUUUUAAGAUCAAUGACCCUGGUCAUAAAAAAAUGCAUUUACGGUGCUUGAAAAAAUAAAGAAAAUUAAAAAAUUUUAAUGUGAGCGUUCGAAUUUGGAAUGUUCGCUUACGUCGGCAGCGGCGCCUAGAUGCCCUAGCACGGGUGUUUACAGCGCUUUUACUCUGAACUCGCAACAGGCGUUAUUGAGCUCUAUGCCAGAAAAAAUAUAGUUCAAUUUCGUUUUUAGCAAUUUUGCUUCUAAAGUCAAGAUAUAUUGAACUCUAAAAUAGGAUCUGUAGAGUUGAAGUUAGCUUGUUGCGAGUUGCGAUUGAAGGCAAAGUCGCUGGUUGGGAGAUCCGCUCUCGAAUCAUUAGAUAGGACGCACUGCUGUGAUAUUCUCGUAGGCAUACGAUCCGCCCGAUUACGUCGUACGGCCCGGUUUUUGUCGGAAACUUCUUAAUAACAUUUUUUCAUAACCCUAGGACAGACCAAAUGAAUUUACUAACAAUUAUCCUAUGUGUAUAUUUGACCCAGCGAUCAAUAUAAAAAAUACUACUUCCGUAAUGGAUUUUUCAGAUUUCACAGUUUUAAAAAUCUUUAACAUAAAUGUGAUGUCGACAGAGUCGACCAUACAAGUCACGGUUUGUAACCAGCGACCAUCACCGCAAAGGCUUGUCAUAAAAGGCAGCUAUUUUUUGUUGUUCCCAAAAAUCAUUCGAUAAAAACCGGGCCAAGUCGGACGCGACCGCCCGCAUCGCGAGGAUCGUAUCGGAUGUAAAUAGUAAAAAAAAUGGAAUUCAAAAUUAUUUAUUUUUAUUUUUCCAAAUUAUUCACUGUAUUUUUUUCUUUAUUUAACAUUUUAGAACACGCCGUCUCCAAGUUUCGAUUGUUUUCCGCCUAUUGGGAGACGGCGCUGCGGUCGCGUCCCGGAUAGGUUUAGGUUUGUAAGCACCCUGCGGCGGGAGCCGUGCGAGUUGUUAUCGGUACCAAAAAUAUUUUUUGAAAAGCAAAAUAUAGGUUGUAAAUUUAAAAAUUUAAUAUAAGUAAUUGACUACUCACAAAACAUUAUACUUGCAGCUCGUUGGCCAAAAUGAAGAGAAUCGUCAAUAAGAUUAAGUCAACAUCUGUUUUGUAAUCUAAGGAGCUGUAUGCUAUUAUUAUAUAAAUAAUAAAAACUUGAGUUUAAAAAGGUUUUACACGGAUCACUAAUAAAAUAAAAA